AUGCAGAUUAACUGGAAAAAACUGUUUCAAGACUGGGUAUUAUAUAAAAAUACUAUUAUUGAAUUACGAUUAGCUUUACGAAAUUUAUAUCAGAAGUUUAGAUUUUGGUCAAGGUCAACAAAUCCAAAUACGGAUAAAGCUUCAUUAAUGAUGUUAUAUACUUUAGGAUUUUUGAAUCCAAUACCGAAACAUUUUAAAAAUAAUACCAAAACUUUUUGGCAAUGUUUUAAGAAUUCUUUGGAAGUUAAUUUAUGCGGUGAUAAUGGCAAAUGUCGUAUUUUAUCUGUUAUUGCAAAUGUAUUUUCAUAUGAAAAAAUUAAUGAAAAUUUUAAGAUUUCAAAUAAUGCUAUAAUUGCUGCUAGAAAACAUGCACAUGUUUGUGGCCCUGGGGAAGAAUUAAAAACAAACCUAUAA